UGUGAGAAAGUGUGAAACCCACUUUUUAUUUUUUAUUUUUCUCUUUUCUUUCUUGUUUGUCUUGGAAGUGACACAAAACUGACCUCCUCCCUCAUGCAGCUUCACCAUUACCAAAACCAAAACCCCUCUCCCUAUUAAACCCACUUCUCUAUAUUUUAUAUCUAUAUAUAUAUAUUAUGCAUUCUGCUCCUGUCUUCCUCUCAAAUGGCCUCCACCUCACAACCACAUUUUCUUAAAGCUCUUGUUGCUUUUCGCAACCUCCUCUGUCCAGAGCUAAUUAGGACAGUGCAUUUGUAUCGAUCCGAAUCAAAUUCGAAAGAAGAAGAAGAAGUGGAAAGAGAGUAUGUUUUUCACAAAGAGAGUGGUUAUGAGGAAGUUAAUUAUUGUAAACAAGUGUUUACUUUGAAGAAAUUCGAUAUUCAUUCGCAAUUCGAAGGACUUGUGAAUGGUGUUUGGCUUUGCAUUUUUGUAUUUCAAGCUCAUGCUUGGUGUCCAGCUGAUAUUAAUAGGCUUCCUACUGUUCUAACUAUUUCUAGGAAUCGAAAGUUGGAGGCAAUCCCAACAUUGGCUGAUGAUCUUCAAACAAUUACUAAGUUGAGCUGUGAAGUUGGUAAGUUUGAACAAUGUAGUAGUGAAUCUGAGGAAGCAAGCAAAGGGAAAGAAAACAAAGACAACCGUUACAUGAAUCAUCACAUAUGUGAUGUGGAUCUUAAUGUUCUUCCUUAUGGUUUAUCAGAAAAUGAAGAAAGUGAUCAUAGUGUCACAGAUAUUUCAGGGAAGAAGAGAAGAAGGGCGACCACUAAAAAAAUAGCUAGUCUCGAAUUAGAAGAUUUAGCCAAGUACUUUGACCUUCCUAUCAUUGAAGCUUCAAAAAACUUAAAAGUUGGACUUACAGUUCUCAAGAAGAAGUGCCGUGAGUUCGGCAUUCCUCGUUGGCCACAUCGGAAGAUCAAAUCACUAGAUGGUCUCAUAUCUGAUCUCCAGGAAGAGGUAAAACGACAGCAAGAGGAGGAUAUGGAUGCAGCUCUAGCAGUGGCGAAGAAGCAAAAAAUGCUUGAAAGUGAAAGAGAAAGAAUAGAGAAGAAGCCAUUCAUGGACAUCCAAAGAGAGACCAAGAAGUUCCGUCAAGACAUAUUUAAGAAAAGGCAUAGAGCUAGAGCUCUUGAAAACCAAUGCCGAACCUUGCCAUUGUUUUAGGGCAUAAUUAGUUUUCAAGUCCAUAUCAUCAUCCUCAUGAAUCUAAUCUGAAACUAGGAAGAAUCCAAAUUUUGCAUGCAUAUGUGAUUCUAAACUUGCUCAUCCUCCAAUAAGACUCUUUAGAAUUUA